CCCUCUCUCCUUCUUUCCCUCUGUGUUUUUCUCCAGAGACCCACACUGAACACCACACUGUUCUUACCUACUGGCCCUCCACCCCACGCACACAAAGAGUGAGAACUGCAGACGUUAUGUUCCCUCUCCGUGUACCCCUGUUGGCCGUAUUGGUCAGCGUAGCCCUGUGCCAAUAUUAUGAUUAUGAGUACCAGCCUAAUUAUAUGCAAGGACCCUCAGGGCCCAACUGUAAUCAAGAAUGUGACUGCCCAAUCCACUUCCCCACUGCCAUGUAUUGUGACAGCCGCAAGCUCAAGUUUGUUCCAGUAGUGCCAACAGGGAUCAAGUACCUGUACCUCCAGAACAACCAGAUAGAAGAGAUCAAGGCAGGAGUGUUUGAUAACGUCACUGAGGGACUUCGCUGGCUGAUACUUGACAACAACCAGAUUACCAAUGCUAAGAUAGCAAAGGGCACAAUCGACAAACUUACAGGCCUGGAGAAGCUACUCUUCAGCUACAACAACCUGACAGAGCCAGUUGUCCCUCCCUCAAAGUCCCUUGAUGAGCUGAAGAUAAUGUACAACAAGUUAUCCAAGUUCCCCUCUGGACUCUUGACUGACAAGGAGAACUUGACCUCCAUCAACCUUCAGCACAAUCAGCUAACGUCCGAUGCCAUCGGGGGGGCAUUCAAAGGGCCAAAGAAGCUGCUGUCCCUGGACGUGAGCCACAACAAGCUGAAGAAGCUGCCUGCCGGAGUUCCCAGUUCACUGGAAAUUCUCUAUGCUGACUACAAUGACAUUGACAGUGUCGGAGCAGGAUACCUGAGCAAGAUGCCCUCGCUGCAGUACUUGAGGAUCUCCAACAACAAGCUGGUGGACUCCGGACUCCCUGCUGGAGUGUUCAAUGUGACAUCACUAGUGGAGCUGGACCUGUCUUUCAACAAACUGCAGUCCAUCCCUGAGAUCAACGAGCAGCUGCAGCAACUCUACCUCCAGGCCAACGAAAUCAGCAAGUUUGACCUGGCAAGUUUCUGCAAGUACAUAACUCCUGUCAACUAUUCCCACCUGAACCAUCUGCGUCUGGACGGCAACAACAUCACACACAGCAGCAUGCCCCCUGACACCUCCAACUGCCUGCGCCAACUUUCAGAUGUCAUUUUUGAAUAAGGACCUCCCUCAAAUCUAUGACCUUUCCAUUACCCCCUUUUCUACUACCAUUAUAUGGCUCAGACCAAAGCCUUCUGGAUUAAAAUGGUGUAAUAUCCCUCCUGACAUAGUGCUCACAUGUCCUUGCACAUAAGUAGUAAAUGCUAAUGCAAAUCUGAUGCACUGUAAUGGCAUCUUCAUCAAUUAAAAUAUAUAUCUUGAAUAAAUCAAGAGCUGGGCAAAUUUGAUGGCAAGAGAAGCUAGCAACAAGUUUGCAACAUACUAUUGGCAAACAUCAGUUAAAUUCAUCAAACAUCAAACAAAGGUUUUUAAAUCUUUUGAACAUUCUAAUUGUUCACAUAAACAUGAAGGCAAAAAAUAGACAAAAAAAAAUACAAAAAUACAAAAAGUAAAGGACCAAAAGUUCUAUGAAUAAAAAUUGAUUCAUAUGCUUUGAAAAACACACACUUUAAACAUUCCAAACUUGCAUUUUAUUACAUUGAAUUCAGACACAAUGGAGUAAAUGAUGGCUCCAAUGUCUCAAUUCAAUCAUCAAUCGUCAUUUUGUUGUCUGUCUUGUAUGUUCUAAUGUUUAGCAUGUAUAAUAUAAUGUGGGUACAACAAAUAAUCCAUUGCUGUGCAAAGGACCAGCAAACAAGGACUAUGUACUCAGAUUUCAGUGUGUAGUGCCCAAUGUGAGAAAUUAUGAAAAAAUGUAAAACAGCAGUAACAUAGAAGUCACAUUUUUCAACUCCUGAAUUAAUCAAAGUGGUUUUAAGGUAAAUACCAUUGUUAUUUACUUGUGUCUGCCUUUUUUACAAAUGGUGCCCUGAUGCAAAUACCCUGAUGUCCCACUGAUUGACUCCUUUGAACUAUAAAGUACACACACACACAUAUAUAUAUAUAUAUAUAUAUAUAUAUAUAUAUAUAUAUAUACUGUAUAUAUACCAACUAAGACAUUUCUAUUUCUUCACGAAAAUAACUCCUUCAACCCAAAUUUAAGUAGGACUUAGCUCUUUGUGAAGAGUAGAAUAAAUGACACAUGAUUAAAAGGCAUUGGUACUAUCCUUUAAACUACUGUACUUUCUCUGCUCAGUUAAACGUUGAAAUGAUUGAAGAGUCAAAUUGUUUCUUUACGUUAUCUUACUUCAUAGCUGUCCACUUUCAUGCGCAUUGCUGAUUUGUAUACAUUUGCAUUACUUGCAUGCAACCAAUGGUACCAUUCUUUUAUAAUAAACUACAGCUUUUGCAGUUAAGGCGCUCUCAUUGUUACGUUGUUGUUCACCAUGGUUGAUAAAUGCUUCUUACUGAUACAAAGUCAACUUGACAGCAGUGUCUUGAAUUCAGGAUUGUCAUUAAUGAAGUUAUGUUAUUAGAAUAUCACAUUAUGUUUAGGUCAUUUUUCAUUUUAUCAUGAUUUCUUUUGUGGCCUUUGACUCGGUAACUGCUCUUGGAUUUGCUGUGAGAAAACCGGACACACACUUUAAAUAAAGUUGAAUAAAAUAUGUUUCCAACAUACA